UGACACUGAAAUAGACAAGAGACAAGAUGGACAAACCUGAUCAGUUUUUCUUUCAAAACACAAAUUACAGAAUCUUACGGAUAUUACUAAGCGUUAGCGGUCUCUGGCCUUUUCAUACGUUACGUAGACGCUACCUGACGUACCUCGUAAUGGUACUAGUACUUGGAUCCGGAUUUGUGUUUCAGGUAUUAGGUAUAGUGGAAGUUUUGAAUGAUACCUUUGCAGUGAUCGAUACCCUGCCCUUAUUAGUCUUCGUUACAACAUCAAUGGCUAAAAUGUUCUGUGUGGUGUACGCGUUACCACAGUUAAAAAUAUUGCUAAUCAAGAUAAAUGAGUAUUGCCUCUCCGCAAAAUCGGACGAAGAAGCUAAAAUUCAUAACAAACAUGCAAUAUACGCACGGAAUUUGGGUUACGCUUACACGGGUUUCAUACUUAUUCAUUCCGUUCUCUUCAUCAUGGUGACAUUAAUGCUGAGGUUUGUCCAUACGAGCUCCGAUAAGAACAUUACGUCACCGGAUAAUUCUCAAGUAAUAUUUGUUUAUCGUGUCGAUUACAUGGUCGAUUUAAACACGUACUACAUUCCAAUUUUUAUACAUACGGCUACAUGCUCAUUCUCUACUGCGGUUUUAAUAAUUGUAUUCGACGUUCUGUACUUAACGAUGGUCGGACACUGCUGCGGUUUAUUUGCAGCCGUAAAAUAUCGAUUGGAAAAUGCAGUCGACCGCGAAGAGGGUAGCAACUGUUUGCCACUGACGCUUACAAAGGAUAUAUCAUACGCAAAUGUCGCGUAUUGCGUACGAAGACAUGCGGAGACAAUAGAAUUUGUCGCUGCUGUGGAGUCCAUGUAUAGUUUGCCUCUAUUCGUACACAUUGGAGAAAGCAUAUUAGGUUUGAGUGUUCUAGGAUAUCAAGUGGUGACAAACAUGGGUGGAAUCAAUAAUCUUUUAAGACCCGCUAGUUAUCUAAAUGGACUCUUAAUCAACGUAUUUUUUGAAAAUUGGCAAGGUCAGAAAAUCAUAGAUUUCAGUGAGAAGAUAUUUGAAUCCGCGUAUAAUACAAAGUGGUACAAUAUGUCAAUAGCAACAAGAAAGCUCUUGAUAAUUAUCAUGAUGAAAAGCAGAACGCCAUUGGUAAUAACUGCUGGUAAAAUUAUGAUAAUGUCAUAUGUGACUUUCAAUGCGGUAAGUAAAUCUUUAUAUUUUAUUCAAUUACCAUGUAAGAAAAAUUCUAUGAGAGUGCAAGUUGUAAUUUUUUAAGGUGUUGCGUGCCUCAUCGUCAUACUUUAUGUUAUUACGAUCUCUAUAGUAAAAAUCUAAAUAUAAUAACAUUUAUCAUCAUAUUUUAACAAAUGGCAACAGUUUCUUAUAUAGAUAAAAUAAUUAAAGAACAGAAUCAAACGUUUGUUUAAUCUUUAAAGUGGACAAAAAUACCUAUAAACCGAAAGAUUUAUAUCGAGUACUAAUGCUAAGAAAAUAUUUUAUUUUACAUUUGUUAUUAUUAUUACAAAAGCAAAUACGUACCAUGCAUGUUUCACACAAAAUUUAAUGUUCCGCCAAUUAAUACUAGUAGAAGUAUUAGAAAUCUUUACGAUAUUAAUAAAGAAAAAAAUGCAGUGUGUGCUUGUAAAUUUUCGCUAUCAUCGGAAGACUUUUAUGUUUCACUGCAAGACGAGACUCUUAUGAAAAUUUCUUUCUGUGUUCCGCGCAACUUUUCCUCCAGUAUAAUUUGUAGUUAAUCGUUUCGAUAGAAUCUUCUACAUAUAUAAUAAUCUAAAGAGUUUUUGCGACUUUAUAUUAUUGCUUUCAUGUUUCAAUGGUGGGUAAUCUCGCUGCAAGUAUGUAUUUUUGCGAUCAAUCACGCAAAUGGCUGUUCGCGUUUGUUAUGUGAUAUAAGCGUGUAGAAGUAGCGUGUGUCUUUUGCGACGCACAGUCAUCAGCGUUAAACGGAAUUUUUCAUGAGCGGCUGACCGGGAUCUAUAUCCCUCGACAAUUCAACGAAUCUCGCAAAACAGUGGCGUCAGAUAAG